AUGCGGUGUCUCAAUCUGUGUCUCCUGGGCGCAUGCCUACUAGCUUGCCAUGGCCAGUCAGCCCCAGAGCUUCGAGGAUUGCGCGUAAGGCAAGAACCGUCAGAAACCAGUGGUCCGCCCACGUCCUCAGCAGCAGCUACCGAGGAUGGACAACCAAGCGACGCCCCAACAUUGGGCCAGAGCGAUGCUCCAGAAACCACAUCAGCGUCAAGGAGCGCUGAAUCUUCACGACCUCUAGAUUCUUCUACUUCCAGGAAUACCGCCUCUCCUGAGACGACAGAAUCCAGAGCUGAGCAAACACUAUCUGCAACCACAGAGGCGCCCAACCUAGGACCGUCACAGACAACUGAUGCGGCAGCAUCAGCGACCAAUGACAAUGACGAAGACCACGUAUUUCUUCCAAUUCAACCCAGAAUAACCCCAGCAUUUGGCAUAGCCGGUGUCAUACUUAUUUUGUCUGGAGUGGGAUAUAGCCUGAUUGGAGUGAAGCACAGACUCGCCCAGAUAUUCCUUUCGAACGCAUACCUGGGUGCCCUCGCAGUGACGGUCUUGAUCGACUAUGUGAUGAAACCGCCCAUCAGCGACGCCGUUCAGGGAGCAUACUUUGUCGCAGCAUUCAUGACCGGCAGUAUCUUUGGCGGUGGGUCUUUGAUCUUUAAAGAAGUUACCGAGGGAUUUGGUUGCUUACUUGGUGGCUUCUGCCUGGGCAUGUGGUUCCUGUGCCUGAAGCCUGGCGGCCUUGUCGAGGAUCAGACGGGUAAAGGAAUCAUGGUCGGAGUGUUCUGCGUGGCAGUCUGGGCGCUUUCUUGGAGCCACUGGACUCGGAAUUAUGGCCUGAUUGGCUCGACAUCUUUUGCCGGUGCUACAGCGUUCGUGCUUGGCAUCGACUGCUUCACCCGAGCAGGUCUCAAGGAGUUCUGGUUCUACAUCUGGGAGUUGAACAAUAACCUUUUUCCGCUAGAUACUGACACCUAUCCCAUGACGAGGGGCAUGAUUGUGGAAUUGAUUGUGAUAGUCUUCGCAUCAAUCAUCGGAGUACUAUCCCAGAUCAAACUUUGGCGAAUCAUCCGCGACAGGAGGCUGCGGCGAGAUGCAGUCAAGUUGGACGAUGAGAGACGACGGGAUGUGGUCGAAGAGGCCCUGGGGCGGCAGCUAGAACGCCAGAACGAUCGAGAUCGCGCAACCUGGGAGAAACACUACAGUAACACGCUCAACGCGAAGCGGUCAACGGUACUGUGGAGCGAAGUCCAUCCUGAACGGCAGGUCACCCACAUCAUACCCUACGAAGACAAGCGGUUGUCAUCGGUCGAGACCUUGGAACUGUCCCCGGUGCCGGGCUCAAAGGAGCGUCGCUUAAAGACGGGCUCCAGAAUCAAGCGAGAGAGCAGCAUGACUGUCGACGCUAUCACUGAGGAGCAAGAGGCCGAGGAGGCACGAGCAUCGGUUGAGAGACAGCGAGCACUGGUUGCCCUAGACCCAGAACCCUCUACCAAGGGGGACGCAUCCGAGAAAGCGCAUCUGCCCGAGAAGCCAUCUCAAGAAGCGGAUACAUUGGGCGCGCGCGUUUCUCGAGGACCAGAGGUCGUUCCCCUGCCUUUCAGGAUCCCGAAAAGCGAAUCUGAGGCAAGUUUGUUUCCUUCUAUCGCCUCAACGAAGUCUCAGCAUCUGCAAGAGCCCAAGGACGCCAAGAAGCUGUCUAAGAGACAUUCUCUCCGUUCGCUACUCAGCUUGUCGCCUCGGCUAAGCUCUUCUUCUGAUCGUCUGAGGCCAUCGGAAUCUCAAGAACAUCUGGAUCCGCCAUCACGAAGAGCCAGCAGGGCAUCUUCGCUCGCUGCUACCCUUGACGAAGACAAUGAUGUGGUCGAUUUGAGACGCAUCUCGCGUGUGCCUGAUAUGAAUUCUGCACCCGGAACACCAACGAUCGUCGUUUCGCCGGGCGUGGCACCCGCAGAAGCAGGAAAGUCAGAGGACCUUCUUAACGUGGCCUAUCGCAUCUCUGCCGCGUCAUCUACGUCGCCGGAGCCGGCACUUGAGCUUGAGGAAGAUCCAGAGGAGUUGUCUAGGCCAGUUGCGCCAGAAGAUAAGGCAAAAGCAGGCAAAGACGGGUCAACUACAUCACACAGCGAGCGGCGCGAUGCCUCCGACGGUUCCGAGACUCCCCACACAACGGCGCCGUCUUCAAUAGCGGAUGGUCUGACCAAGGGCGCUCUCAGUCAGGUACCAAGUCAGGUCUCCCAUGUGGUUAUGUCUUACAGGACUAACGAGUGGGCGAAACACAUUGCAGACGCUGAGGAGCCGAUCUUUGCGGAACCAGAGCAGAUCGCGACCGAGGACAGCGAGGCGCCUGUUCAAUUGGCCCCGAUCUCAGGGCCACCGGCUGCAGCGUCGACGGUGGAUUCCGUCAGCCCUGUCCACCCUCCGACAGUUGAUGCAACGAGAACCCUGUCUCCCUCAAGCUCUCCGCCACUACCACAUCUGGCUUCCGCCGGAUCCGAUGGUAUCGUGGCAAACUUGCAGGAGUCUCAGCGGCCCCUAAGCCGUUCAGCCACAACACCCGUGGUAAGCAGCGGUGUCCCAGCAGCGGUGGCCGCGCCAGCCACGCGGCCGUCGUUGAAAGGCAAGCGUUCAAGCACGUUUAACAAGAAUUCGAUCGCCAUUAAGCCUAUUCAAGAAAACGAGGUCACGCAAUUUGCCUCGCGCUCACAAUCCCGUCAGAGCUCUGCACCGAUACCUCAACGCGUCAUGAGCCAGACUCACGGCAGACCCGCGAGCGGUAUGAUGAGUCCAACACAAGUGCGAACUCCUGGUGAUCGCGUCAUGGCCCCUUCACAAGGCGGGUCCGCCACGCGCAUGUCCGCCGUCUCGCUCUCGCACUCGCACCCUUACGAGCUCGGUCGCAACGACUCGUACAGCAGCUUCCACACGGCCAGUCCGGGGACCUCGACGCCCCGCCUCUCCCGCUCCGGCAGCUACAUGUCUGGCGUCGCGCUUCCUCAGCGCUCCUCCGACACGCGACUGGACAGCUACGAGUCACGGCAGCCGCCGAAGCGCGACCUCGGCGGCGAGCAGCAGCGGCGCGAGAUGCUGCUCACCGACUGGCGCAUGAGCCAGCAACAGGGGGCGUUGAUCAAUCAGAUCCCCCAGGCCUCGGUGGAGUCGCGGCGGGCGCAGAUGCUGGUGGAUCGCGAGCACAAGAGGCUCGUGGAGGAUCAGGCGCGGGCGAGCAGGCAGCAGAAGCAGUUCGUCAUGGAUCAGGUUAUGAGGAGGCCGGAUAUGUUGGACUUGCAUCGCGAGAAGAUGAGGGAGAUGCAGGCUGCGGUUGAGAAGAAGUAA